GUUUGUGCACAUCCCUACCUUGGGUUGGGUGAUAGAGAGUUGUCGUGUGUACACCAGGAAACAAGACAGAGACACACAUCCGCCAGCCGCCUUCUCCGUUUUCUUUCUCCUCCUUUCCCUUCUGUGAGCAACUGUGGUUCCCCCUCUACUGACAAAGUCUUUUCUCUCCCUCUUUUCAUUGGCUGACCCUCACAGAAGGGUUCUACAGCAGCCAUUUUUAGGCUUCUUUUCUUGCCACCCAGAAAAAGCCCCUCUAAGGCAGACAAAGCUUCACCUGCUGGAUUUCUACAGUUUGAGGCUGCUGUUACAGAUACUAAAGCAGAGCCCGGAAAAUAUAAAAGUUGGCUUCCUAGUUUUAGAACUUCUUUUUGGGGAGGAAAAAAAUCAGUCAUCUUCAUAGUCGACCAACUACAUGUUGGGCAGCCGAGGGUUAAACUAGUAGCUCAGUGAUUCCUAGAGAGGCAAGGGACUUUGGAGGACUAGAAAGGGGGAGGGGAUGUCUUUGCACCAGGCUGCUCCUUCCCUAUUAUCCCCACUAUAUCCAGGCUCCUCCCCUUCCCCAGAAGCUGGAUUUUGAAUUUCUCUCAGUACUGGGGCUUUGGCUGGCAGACACGUGGGAGCAGUGAGUUCAAAGGGGCCUUGUUUGCAUGGGGUGGGGGUGAGAUCCUAAGGAAAAGACAGAGAAAACUCAAGAGAAAUAUAUAUGUAUUUGGGGGAGGGGUGCAGUGUCGGACACCUGGGAUUCCUAAUCCAUGCAGCUGUUUUCUCCUCUCUCCAGCUCAAAUAAUAAGGCGGAGUAGAAAGAGAGAGAUUUCUUAUGGAUUGGUUUUAUUGUAUGGCAAAAAAUGCAAAACCACGGAACCCAUUUGGUGUGGGUUUUCCUUUGCUUGUUUAGAAAGCAAAGGAAUGUGUCGAUAAGGGAUAUGGAUUAGGAUAUGUCUGUCGAAUAAUGUGCAGGAUCAGGGUUGGAGAGAUGGCUGGUAUGAACUCCGCUAGGUUGCCAGCUUUUUAAUUUUUUUAAGAACAUAAGAAGAGCCCUACAGGAUCAAACCCAAAGUAUUGGUCUUUAUCUCCAACAUCUGAUACUGAGAGAUCUCUUGGGUCUAAAGAUGUAGCUGGUGUGGCCAACAGCCACCAUUAGCUGUAUCCAACUUUUAUGGAUUUGUCUCAUCCCCUUUUAAGGCCCUCUGAACCAGUGGGCAUCUUCUGGCUGCUAAUGCCAUCCAUUCAUUCCUUGGCAUGUGAAAAAGUCCUUUCUUCGUCCUGAGCCUUCGUCACAGCACCACAGAACAUUAGCGUUGGAAGGGGCAUUAGAGCUCUUCAGCCCCCUGCUCAGUGCAGGAAACGGCUACAUCAUCCUUGAUAGAUGGUCAUGGAGCCUCCGCCUGAAAACCUCCAGCAAAGGAGAGCCCAACACUGCCCGAGGUGAAAGCAGAUAUUGCUAGUCGACUGGGAGGCUGCUAGUAACUCCCGGAAAGAAGAGGCUGUUAGUAACUCCUGAACAGCCUUUGGUUUCUGUAGGCUUUCCUAUACCUUGAAGGAACACCCAUUGCUUGAGAUGGGUUGGCGGAAAUGAACCCAUUCCGGGAUGGGGUUAGACAUCCUUUCUCACCUCUUCCAUGCAGGAAGUGAUAGAAGCUUUAUUAAUAUGGGGCCAGAACUGGACUAAGAUUGUUGAUGACAAGCGGAAAUGGCCGUAGAGCAGGAGACAGUGGCAACCAUGGGUUUCCAGUUCGAGACUGUGGAAGAGGAGGCCGUAAAAAGAACAGGAGAGACCCUGUGUGUUGGGACUUUCACCGAGUUUGCAAACUGGGCUGCACAGAGACAGGCUAGACAGGAGCCUGAGGAGGAAUUGGCCCAGAGCUGGGAAGUCCAAUGGCAGGAAGUGCUGAAGGCAGUGCACGUGCCUGACUGGGAGAACCCAGAGUUACCGAAGACUAUGCAAUGGGAAGUUGCCAAGUCCUUCCUGGUUCCUUCCCAAGUGGAAGCCGGUUCCGAUAACCGGCCUAGAGGAGCGGUGGGCGUUGAACUUUUCCAGGCCUCAAAUGGAGGAGGCCCAAAAGUCACUGAUCACCUGGACUCCGGGGGAAGGGGAGACAGUGGAGAAGCAAACAAGGAAACUUGGAAUGAACCUGUUAACAGUGUGGAGCUGCAGCGUCAACACUUCAGGCUGUUCCGCUACCAGGAGGCCAAAGGGCCCCGUGAGACCUGCAACCAGCUUCGCAGCCUUUGCCGUCGGUGGCUGAAGCCGGAGAGCUACACGAAGGAGCAGAUGCUGGAAUUGCUGAUCCUGGAGCAGUUCCUUGUCAUCCUGCCACUGGAAAUGCAGAGCUGGGUCCGGGAUGGGGGUCCAAAGUCUUGCUUCCAGGCGAUAGCCUUGGCUGAGGAUUUCCUGACAAGACAGGAAGAGGCCAAGAGAUGGGAACAACAGGUCCUGGAAACAUCUGCAGAGGUGGCUGUGAGUUUCUCCACAGCAGAGCAGGACCCUUCAGAGAUCGAGCAAGCACACAACGCGGAGGCCAGCUUGCUAGGAAAUGAUCGGCUGGUGAAUGGAUAUGAUGCGGAAAGGUCAGAACUGGAGGAUCUGGAAAUAAACUUUGUGAUUCCAGGGGAAGAGGAGUGGCAGGAAGAGGAACAAACGGAGACGUGGAGGAAUGACUCAACGGCUGGGUGGUGUGUUGACAUCCCUGACAUCACAGUCUCCUAUCCAGAGACGAGAGAGGAGACAUGCACUGCCUUUGGGGGAAAUUUUACUCGGAAAGUAGGCCUAGUAGGCCUAGAGAGACAUCAGAAAAACCACACCGGACCGAAGCCAUAUAAAUGCACAGACUGUGGGCAAAGCUUCACGCGGAAAGCGAACCUCUUCCGCCACCAGCAACUCCAUACAGGACAGAAGGCACAUCUGUGCACAGCCUGUGGACGAAGCUUCACUCGGAGGGAAAACCUCGUGAGACACUUGAGGGUUCACUCAGAUCAUGGAUGGGAGAUGAAGAACGAGGAGAAACCACCUCGGGCACUAUUGAAAAGGACUGAAACAUGUGAGGAAGAGAACCAGGGUGGACAAAAGAGGAUCGAGAUCAGCCAGGCAGAGAACUGGGGGGAUAAAUCCAUCACUGGCCAGGAUGGGACGUGCUUUGAAAUCGCAGUCCUACAAACUGUACACCAAGGGACGAGAGAGAAUAUGUGCCCCAUUUGUGGGAAAUGCUUCACUCGAAAAUCGGGCCUUAAUAAACACCGGAGACUGCACAUGGGAGAGAAGUCAUAUAAAUGUUCCGACUGCGGGACAAGCUUCAGCCAGUUGUGGACCUGUAGAAGCCAGGAGACAAUGCAGGCAGGAAGGAAACCCAACAAAUGUGUUAAAUGUGAAGGAAAGAGUUAUCUCGACACAAGGCUUAAUAGCCACACGAGGAGCCAUACACGGAAUAAACCCCACAAGUGCUCAGAUUGCGGCCAGGGCUUCAGUUGCCGCUCACACCUCCUCAGACAUCAGAGGAUCCACACGGGGGAGAAACCAUACACAUGCUCAGCCUGUGGGAAGAGCUUCCGGCAGACUGCGCACAUUGUUAAACAUCAGAAGACACAUGUUGGGCAGAACCAAUAUUUAUGCUGAUGCUGCAGGGAGAAACUUUCCCCUGACCUCCCACCUUAUUCAGAUGUCAACUGAUGCAAGGAGAAAAGGAAGACUGGGAUAUCACAAAGGCUGGAGAUUUAACUUUUUAGUCAUGUGGGAAAUGGGGUGGGGGGUGUAGGCCUAUAGCUCUGUGGCAUGAAAUCCCAGGUUCAAUGCUGUGCAGUUUUUAAUUGUUGCUGUGGUUUUAUCUGUUUGGUUUUCUCUUUUUUAAUUGUUUUUAUUUGGCUUAUGCCAGGCGUUCUCAGACUUGGGUCUCCAGGUGCUGUUGGACUACAACUUCCAUCAUGGUCCCAACAAUAUCUGGGGGCUCAAGUCUGCGAACCCCUCAGUUAUGUGGAUUUUGCUGGUUUUCAGUUGUAAACCACUGUGGUGUCUUUGGCGAGUAGUGGUAUACCAGUGCUUUGAAAUAAAAUUAAAAUGAUAA